AUGGCUGCGCCCAUGAGCUUGCCUAUGACUGCAGGCACGAUGAAUCCAUGGAGCCCAGGAGUUCCGAUCCUGCAGACCGCAAAGCCUACGGCUGCCGUUGGUGGAGAGCUGUCCUCCCUCCUCACCGAGGUUGCACGAGACCGUGCUGAAGCGGCAGAGCUUCGGUUGCGGCUUAUGCACCAGUCGACGAGUCCACCGGUGCAGGCAUCCACGGUGAAGGUGCAAGAUGCCCCACAGCAACGUCUGAUAAGCUGGCAGCCUCCGGUUCAGGCCACCGCCCCGGCAAACGCGGCUGCGGUCACAGAAGCUGCCAUGGAUGUGCGGGCUCGUUUGGCCCGUCUCCAACAGGAGAUCGCCCGAGAAGAUGAGCAGGAGGCGUCUCAGCAGUGUGCAGCAGGCACGGCUGACAAGCGGCCAAGGCCCCUGGAGAGUGCCUUUCCCAGCAAUGCAGUACGACAAGCCACGGCCUGCACGCAUGCGCCAGCGCCAGUCGCGGCCAACAUCGCCAGCAUCUUCGCAGCGGAGCUACACUUCAACGCACAGCGGUGCCGCCUUGCGGACGUGCACAUCUGUGCCAGAGUACAGGCUGAAGCCUCCAGAGCCGCAGUUUCUCUUCAGCCUGCCGCUGAGCGUCUACACAGGUCCAAAGCAACUUGUCGACCUCACCUUCAAGCCCGGACGUGGUGA